UCGAGCGCCGAUAGCCUGACGGCAAGCAAACGACCUCUACUUUAGCAUAUGAAAUAUUAACUUUCUCACAAUUUGUUAUAUGUUUUUGUGUUUUCGGUGGCCACGGAAAACCGUUCUAUGCCUAACAUUUAUAGGAUAACGUUUAGGUAACUGUAAAUCCUGUGGUUUAUAGGUUGUUACAUUAGCACAGCCUUGUAUUACAUCAGGUUGAGGUUAAUGCUAGCUGCACCAGCGUUAGCUCAGGGUGUUUCGUCACUGAAACUUCAGAUUGCAUGUGCUGUGUAAGUGUGAUUCUUUUUCCACGCUGAAUAUGAUUAGCUUCGUCUCUGGAAGACGUAUUUUGUCUGGGGUUCCAGUAUGGAGAUGUCUUCAGCAAAUAAACAGGUUACCAAACUACAGCACAAAAACUGUGCUGCUUCACACUCGAGCCUCCUCUGUCUUUAUGUCAUUCAGACCAUCUACCACCAGCAGACUGUUGAACAUCAAACCUGUGAGCUGGCACACAUCACAUCUCUGCCAUGAGGAUUCCAGAGGCAAAUCAGAGAGAAGUGACAGCAAAGAGGGUUUCAGUUUAAGAGCCCUCGCCAAGGCUCCCAAACCAGCUCUGUACCUGGGAUUUUCUGGUCUCAUCCCCUUUAUCUCUGCCCCUUUUCUCAUGGCUGCCACACAAUCUUUCCACCCUGAAGUGGCAUAUGCUCAAGUGGUGUACGGAGCUUCUAUAGUGUCGUUCCUGGGAGGUGCCCGUUGGGGGUUUGCCAUCCCAGCUGGUAGUCCCGCACAGCCAGACUGGAUGAAUUUGGGUAACAGUGUGGUGCCGUCGCUUCUGGCCUGGCUGGCGUUGCUCUGCAGGGACAACAUAGCUGAAGGAGCUCUAGUUGUUGUAAUGGGACUGGGCCUGUCACUGCAUUACGACCUGACUCUUCUGCCUGGCUACCCUGCCUGGUUCAAAGCCAUGCGAACUGUUCUCACUCUGGUUGCCACCUUUUCUCUGGUGGCCAUGUUGGUGCUUAAAAAGCUCUGUCCAGAGAAGAAGUUCAUAGAGACUUAGAAGUGAUUUUAAGAGGAUAGUUUGUCUCUUUAACUGCAUGAACAUAAGAAUGGAAAACAUCAGGUGAACAUCUGCAGACAGUCGUUGUGGUGCUACAGUUGAAUGAGCCAAUUUUGCUCUUAUGUAAAUAAUACAUAAUAAUUUGAAAAUAAAUAGCAGUUGUUUCCUGGGUUGCACAAUA